AUGUCUGACCCAUACACCGUUCUCGGCGUUCCCCAGCAUGCGGACUACGACACGAUGAAGAAGGCUCACCAUGGACUCUGCAUGGAGUUCUACACGAACACGCGGAAUCCCGACCUCUGCGCGGCGGCGCACGAAAAGUUCAAGCGGGUGCAAGAUGCUUGGAAGAUUCUUUCUAAUGACUCCACGCGCGCCGAACUCGAUCGUCGUAUCCGACGUGCUGAGAACAUGGAAUCUGAUCCCAAGGCUUCCGAUGUUCGACCUGCUUUGCAAAAUGGACCUGCUUACAAUACGCGGUCCGCUUCCAAUGCCACUUCGAGCUACAACGCUGGACCCGCCUCUCAUCCAUCAGCUGACCAGGGCGGAGCCCCUGAAACCUGGGAAACAGCUAAGAAAGUCUACGACAAAGCCCGGAGCAAGCUUAGCAUCGGCGUCGAGCGCCUGAAGGAGGCCAACGAUCUCGUCCCAACGGACCACCCGGGCCAUCCAGACAUUCACUCCGUCAAGCCCACUGCCGACCGUGCUAAGGAAAUCUCCGAGGCCUACCACAAGGCUUCAAAGCUAUCCACAGAGGCUUGCAUCGAAUUCCGUCUGGCGAAGUCCGGGUUUGAAGAAGCAUUGAAGCUUUCGGAAGACGCGAAGGAGGCUAUGCUCUCAGUGCCAAUUUUGGCUACCCAACUCGGCGAGUACAAGGAGAUGAUCAUUGCUCUCAACAAUCACCAUACCGAGGCCAAGAACUACGUCGAAACAUCAAACAAUGAAUCGAGGAAGUUCCACUUUUUUGCAAUGGCGUGGUUUACCGAGGCCCAUAUUCUCGAGAAGGGCGAUCAGGAAGGUAGCCGGGGAUUGGACCCAGUUUUCGAUGUCUUUCGUCUCGGCUAA